CUCUUUCCUCCCUAAGGGCUUUUCCCUCUUCCCCAUUCCUGAUCCCUGGAAAAACAUCCAUCCAGAGCUGAUCCUAAGAAAGAUCCUGUAGGAUCUCUGGGCCUCAAUUUCCCCCUUUGUGUGUGCGCUGGGGCAGGAAUUUCCUUUUUAGUAACGAGGAAAGCAAAACGAGGAGAGCAAAGAGAAGGAAGAGAAGGACGUGACUGGUGAUAAGCCCCUAGCCUCGAGUGCUUCCGUAACCCCCCUCCUCGCUCCCGCACCGCGCAGCGAGUGGCGGGCGGGAGUGGAGUUCGGCCCCUUUAAAUCCCGGCCGGGAACGCCCAAGGCCGAGCCGCGCGGUCGGGACCUGAGGGCCUGGCGGUGCUGAUCCCGGCGCGGCCUCCUGGCGCCUCCCCGCGUUGUGCACCCCGGGUGCGCCCGCUGCUCCCAGCACCGCACCCGGUGGCCUCGGCGGUCGGAAUAAUGAGCCGCAUCUAUCACGACAGCGCCCUCCGGAACAAGGCGGUGCAGAGCGCGCGACUGCCCGGGGCCUGGGACCCCGCCACCUACCAGGGGGGGAAUGGCGUCCUGCUGGAGGGAGAACUGGUGGAUGUAUCUCGGCAUAGCAUCUUAGAUGCCCAUGGCAAGAAGGAACGCUACUACGUGCUGUACAUUCGGCCCAGUUGUAUCCACUGCCGUAAAUUUGACCCCAAGGGAAAUGAAAUCGAGCCCAACUUCAGCACGACCAGGAAGGUGAACACAGGCUUCCUCAUGUCAUCCUACAAAGUGGAAGCCAAGGGAGACAGCGACAGGCUCACAAUGGAGGAGCUAAAGGGGCUGGUCAAUAAGCUCGAGCUGCUGGCACUGACAGAGAGCCUCACCCCCGACCAGACAGUGGCGUUCUGGAUGCCUGAGUCAGAGAUGGAGGCGGUGGAACUUGAGCUGGGGGCUGGGGUACGGCUGAAAACUCGGGGUGAUGGCCCCUUUAUAGAUUCAUUAGCCAAACUGGAGGCUGGAACAGUGACCAAGUGUAAUUUUGCUGGUGACCGAAAGACAGGGGCAUCCUGGACAGACAACAUCAUGGCCCAGAAGUCUUCAGAUGGGGCUGCAGUGGAGAUCCGAGAGCAGGGAGAUGGGGCAGAGGAUGAGGAGUGGGAUGACUGAUAUUCAUGAAGCACGGAUGCCUCUGGGGCCACCUGCGUCUUCUAUGGCACUGUGGACAAUUUCCUUCAGCGACCUCCAUGCUGAAGCUGGAGACCAGUCUUCCAAGCCUUACCCAGUUCUUCCUGCAGCUGCUCUGAAUACCAUUUAGAGCAUGCUGAAAUCAAAUCCAAAACCAGGAUGUGGAUGGAGGGAUCCUAAACUGUGGCUUAAAUGCAAGUCCAACCUUCCUAGAUAAUUUCAUGACACCUCCUGCCCUAGUGACAGCCUUGUUUUGGAGGCAGGUAGUGGGCAAGUGCCCCGGGGCAGUUUGGGAGGAACUGGACUUGGUCUUGGUGCUUCAUGGGGGAUUCUUCUCCUGUCUAAAGACAGAGGACUUCUGAGGAGAAAUUAGUGGGCUCUUUUCUCCGAUCUGUUUCCUGCUUCUUUCCACCCGGCCUUCUUCCCAGCACUCUGCUGUAGCCCCUUCUCCCCUGCUUCAAGCCUCCUUCUCCACCAUUUCCUCUCAUCCC